AUACAACUUCCUGGUGUAUUGGGAUCUCAAUUUCAAGCUAUAAAAUAUACGAACAACGGUUAGGAUUGCUGUUCUUUUGGGACACGUAGUUGGUUCCUCGUACCAAGCCAUGGUUUCAUGUAUCUAUCCCUCAGUGGAAUUGCAUAUUGUGGAUGGAAUUUAACUGUUUUCUAUGGGUAGAUGAUUGAAACACGGUCCGUGAAUUCGGGUAUUUUGUAGAUGUAUGAGGGGUGAGAGGUUGAUAUAUAGAGGAGUGGGUUUUGAUGUGGAAUUUUGGUUUUGAAACCACUACUAGAAAUGCUGAGCUUUGGUGAGGGAGAAGAGUUCUUUUUUGAUACUGUGGAUUGCUUGUCAUCAGAAGAAUCUGUUGUUGGUAAAGAAGAUUUGGUGUAUGAUAAUUUAGGGUAUGAGAUUUGGAUUAAUGAACCAAAGAGUGUUAAGGAACGGCGGGAAAGUUUUUUACGCGGAUUGGGUUUUGUUGAAUUAGCCUCCUCUGCAUAUGGCCUGCCACUUGGUGAAGAAUCAAUGGUGAUGCCAUUGGACAGGAUUAGAGAAUGUAGUGGAGCUAUUUCGAGUUCUUUUUCGACAUCUAUAGCUAGUGUAAAGGAAAAUCUGGGGGGCGCAGGGAGGGAAAUGCACGGUGAAGCCAAUUGUAUGCUUGAUGAAUCAGAUCAAGAUCAGUCCGACGAUUUUGCCAUAGCCCUUGACGAGACUGCCGGGACUUCUGGGCAUACGCAAACUCAGGCUCAUAUUCAAGAAUUUAAUAAGCCUGGUUUGGAUAAGAAGAAAAUGCGGAGUUGGUGGAAACACAUCAUUAACAAAAUGAAGAUAAAUCAAGGUAAGCUUGCGUUUGAGUUAUCAAAACCAAAAGCGGAAAAAUCAAAGAUAGAUAGAAUGAAGGUGCGGCAGAACAAGAAGAGGUGUAUGGAAUUUUCUGCAGUGUAUGCUGGACAAGAACUUUGUGCUCACAAUGGCUUAAUUUGGACAAUGAAGUUUAGUCCUGAUGGCCAGUAUCUUGCAAGUGGGGGUGAAGAUGGGGUUGUUCGAAUUUGGCGUGUUACAUUGGCAGACACCUCCUGCAAAAGUAUAUUUGCAGAAUGCAAUUUUACUGAUCCGGGGAACGGAGGCAAGUCUGUUUCUGGUAGAAAAAAGUCGAGCCAUGCUUCUGUUAUAAUUCCUGAUAAGGUUUUCCAGAUUGAAGAGCUGCCGGUGCAAGAGCUUCAUGGUCAUACAAGUGAUGUCUUGGACCUGGCUUGGUCCAAAUCUAAUUGUCUUCUUUCAUCGUCCAAGGAUAGAACUGUUCGCCUAUGGCAAGUGGGUUCUGAUGACUGUCUUAAUGUUUUCCAACACAAUAACUACGUGACAUGCAUUCAGUUCAAUCCUGCUGAUGAAAGUUAUUUCAUCAGUGGUUCCAUAGAUGGAAAAGUUCGAAUUUGGGGAGUUUCGGAGGGGCAAGUUUUGGAUUGGGCUAAUGCACGAGAUGUCGUUACUGCCAUAUGCUACCAGCCAAAUGGAAAAGGGUUCAUUGUUGGUUCUAUCACAGGCACCUGCCGCUUCUUUGAAGUAUCAGGCGGCGAUCUUCAACUUAAUGCAGAAAUACAUAUUCAUGGAAGAAAGAAAUCCUCCGGCAACAAAAUUACUGGCAUUCAGUUUACACAGGAAGAAUCUCCAAGAAUAAUGAUAACCUCAGAUGAUUCCAAAGUUCGGAUACUCGAUGGGAUUGAUGUUGUCCAUAAAUACAGAGGUCUUCCAAAGUCAGGAAGUCAGAUGUCGGCUUCAUUCACUUCAACAGGGAGACACAUAGUAUCCAUUGGGGAGGACUCUCGCAUUUAUGUCUGGAACUAUGAUAACCCGAGCAUCCCAUCAUCCAAACAACCAAAAUCUGUACGUUCCUGUGAGCAUUUCUUCUUCGAAGGUGUGUCUGUUGCAAUACCUUGGUCAGGUAUUGGAACAGAACAGAAGGGUUCAAGUUUAAUAACACAGGACCCCCAGGGGAGUUCAUGUGUUAGAGAUUCGGAACGUUUUUCUCUGGCAAGUUGGUUCUCCAUGGAUGGGUCAUGUAAGGGCUCUGUGACAUGGCCCGAGGAGAGACUUCCUUUAUGGGACAUACCAGUUUCAGAACAUGAACAUGAUGAUCCGCUUCAUAGCAAUCAUGAUCAUUGUUGUCAAGUUCAGCAUCAACGUUCCAAUGCCAGCCACAGCUAUGGUGUCUCGUUGGCAACAUGGGGGCUUGUGAUUGUGACAGCAGGUCGGGAUGGAAUGAUUAGGACAUUCCACAAUUACGGGUUGCCUGUCAGGAUUUAGAUGCUUUUGUUUGUCUGAGGUUUCAUGAUAAAUUUCAAUCCUGAUCGUAUAGUUUAGGCAGAUUCAGAAGCUAGCGGAGUGGAUGUUGUGUUCAUGUGAAGUUUGCACAUUACUUAUAUCUUCCAGUUCUUU